AAGGUAUUUUAAACGCACCCAUUUAGUUCAGUAUCGAAUAAAUAGUGGCCAUUUAUUUUAUGCAGACGACUAAACACAGCAACAGGAUUUUUUGUAUACUAUUUUUUUUGCAGACAGGCCUUACUGUAUUAGUUGCAUAACUACUUUUUAAUAAUGAUGAAAAUACUGUUUUGGUUGUUAGCCGUUUACAGCAGCAUAAUGUUCUCCAAUGCUUCGGCAAUCGAAUGCUACACCUGUACUGGAGGUGGCACGACAAACGAUUGCGCUGAUAACCCAACUUUGAAUGUGACGUGUCCUUCGGAAAUCCAAUCUUGUUUCACUUACUUUGAAGUAGAAGAUGGCUUGCCACGGUCUGUCACUCGUGGUUGCAAUUUCGAAGAAAUUCUGUCAAGUCAGAAGUGUACAUUGGUGGUAGGAAGGCAGAACAAUAAUGUAGUUACUACCAGUUGUCGGUACAACUGCAAAGGAACUUUGUGCAACGAUAUCGUGUCUCAUGAUUUAAAAACGUGCGAUUCUUGUGACGUCACAGGCGGUUAUUGUGACUACUUCAGUAGUACAUGCGUUUGUUUGGACGGUUGGGAAGGGGAUAACUGCAGCACAGUCAAGCCCCCACCAAAACCAGUAUACCGUCAAUGCGUGCAAUGCGAUGAUACAUUUGAUCCGGAUAAUUGUGAAUCUAAGACAAUCACUUCACCAUGUCCUGAACCUAUAGAUAUACUGCCGUAUUGCUCUUCAGCUAAAACCAUCACAUUAAGUAACGAGGAUAGCAGCAUUGUAGGUAAACCUGUUGUUUCGCGAGGCUGCACUGCCCAGUUUACUCACGAGGACGAAUGUUUCUUUUCUUCUCCGAGGGAUUCUUUCAUGUCGGCCAAAUACUCGGAGUACACUUGUACCUCUAUGUGCGAUACUGAUUACUGCAACUCAGAAUCAACAAACGGGGAAUCGAUGGCAAUGAAAAAGUUCCCUUGUACUGCCUCCAAUGCGUUGGAAGUGAUUGUCAAAAUGGUUUGCAACCCACACGAUGCCCUUCAGGAAGCACCCACUGCGUUGCUAUUGUGAAGUAUUACCUUUCCGAAAAGACAAACCAUAACUAUAAAGUGUUACCCGAGUAUGAACUAAAGAGCAUAGUUCGUUCGUGUGCAAAGUCUUCUGUGUAAUCAAAGGCUGCCAGAACGCUGAAAUCAAUAGCAAUGUUCCAUCUAGCGUACAGUACAUCACUUGCCAGGAGAGUUGUCAAAAAGAUGGCUGCAACAGUGGUUGGCCUGCUCGACCCAAGUGUUCAACCUGUCGAAGCCCUUCGAAUAGCAACGACGACGCUUGUCUAAACAACCCACCCCUAGGAACGCCAUGCACACACCCUUACCAAGGCUACUGUAUUGCCAGCUUUAUACAGUCCGGUGUAGGAAACAGGGGCUUCGUGACCAGAGGUUGCAGCAACAACCACAUAGGAAACGUCUGCAAGAAAGUUGGAAACGUAGAUUUCUCAUACAACGUCUGUAAUACAAGUUGUACGACUGAUAAUUGCAACAUGGGUCCCAUUGGCUCCGCAACAGCAGUGGUAAAUUCAAGUUUGUCCAUUUUGAUGUCAUCCGUUUUGCUGUUUUUAUUUCUAGACGAUAUCUACUGCUAAUACGAAGCCUUUGUCAUUUGUAGGAAUGUCUUGCCGUAAAUAUACCGUAGCCUACAUAUCUUAUCUGUGCUGGAACUGCUCAUCUUUGGUUAUGUGUACAUAACAUUUAAUUAAUACGAUUGAUUGAUAAUUGCCCAUU